CGUAGAUCUGCAUAGGUGGUUCAGGACACGCUUUGGCCGCCGGGCCCCGCCCCUUCUUUUCCCCUGCGCCCCAGAUGGAGCCCUCCGCCUGCGAGGGCAGAUUUCCGGGGACGGUGUUCUGUUGCCGGGCUGUGCGUUCACGUCUUCUGUCCCAUUAUCGGUGUCUGUCAUAGACGCAGCUUGGACGUGGAGGUGUGGGGGCUUCGACUGCUUCUCCGACGUAUGCUUUCUUGCGCUUGCUGGUGGGCCUUCUUUCUCUGCUGGUUUUGCAGUUACUUGCUUCUUCUGCGUGUGUAGUCCAGCAGUCUGCCCGCCCCAUACGUGCCUCCCAUCGUCGACAGGAAUACAGAUCGAAUCAGCAGCCAUGCAGUGUUCCGGCCUCCUCAACGUCCUCCUCCUGGUGUCCCUCUCGGUGACCGACACAGCCUCAGCCUCGACCACCAAUUCAGACUCGAUGCCGCUUGCACCGUCCACGUACUCGGCUGCCGCAGGCUUUGCACGUGAAGUCAGCCACGACUACUUCGUCGCCGGAGCAGCCUUGAUCGCUGCCGCCGUCAUCCUCAUAUGAUCCCAAACUAGUAAAAAAACGUGCCUCUGGACAUUUGUGUUUCUCUGCUACAACGCACAGCGCAGCUUUACUACUCACGUUCGCUCCCAGCCUGCCGAUGUACAAUUACCGCCACAACUCUCUUGCCCGUCUCUCCGUUUACAUUCCAUCGCCUGCUCAAUCCCUUUGUACCUGUAUUUUUUCUAUAGAAUGUACUCAUUGAAUAUAUCACCAACAUCCGUUU